AUGGAAUCCUUUUCAUCCAUUUCAUUUUUAAGCAAGACACUCAAACAAAUUAAUCAAAUGCUUCAAAUCAAGACGCGAAAUCCAUUUAAGUAUGGAUAUGGAGAUGAACAACAGCCUUCCUCACAGAAUCCGUUGAAAUAUGGAUAUCCAACUGGACAACAAUCUUCCCAUUAUUUCCUCAGAAGUCAGCAAAAUCCAUCCUCCGUUCUCUGUGUUAGAAUUGGAGAUGUUGACCAUUCGUUCCAUGCUCUAAAUCAGAAUUGGGAUAUCAUGUCCAAAAAAAGUGGGAUACUAAAUUGGGCUAUAAUGUCAUCUCAAACUUCAAUUCCAACUACUUCACCAAUGCUGGAAGAAAUCCUUCAGUCAAUUCAAAGAGGAGAAAUGCCAAAAUUUAAUCGUUUAAUCUCCAAAUUCGGGCUACAACAACUCCAAUCUGUCCAAAAUCACACAUAUUCGGCAAUCUUUAAUGAGAGAGAAGCAUUAAUUCCAACUUCUGUGGGACUUCCUAUUAAAAUUGUCAACUCAGUUCCGAUGCUCAUGAAUGUGGAAGCAAGUACUCAACUGCAAGAUAAACAAAAUCAGCAAGCUAAAAUUCAAAUUGAUGCGAGAAUCAUGGCUGGUGUUUCACACGUUCAGAGAAUUGGCUCAUGGACACCCUUCCUCAUCACCGGCGUAAGCAACACCCGCUCCGUUGAAGUCAACCUUCCAAUCCAGGCUGAACUAAAUACGAAUACCUACAACUCUAGACAAUCCCUCACUGUCAAAGUAAAAAUGCCUAAAGAAACAACUCGACUUUUUGGCGCUCAUUCUCAUCAAUACACCUACAGAGCUGAAAUUGACCUAAAUACAAAUUCGCCUAUGGGGAGAGAAUACCGUACCAUAAGGAAUCCAAAACUUGACCGUCUUCAGUAUCAAUUUGACAAAGUUAUUGGCUCUAAAAAUGUUGGGAUUCCUGUCCAUGUUUAUGCUCAUUACCAUUGGCCUUCAAAUGCUGCCAACAUUGUACAAAUUCUCAAAAUGCUCACUUCCACAGAAAACGCAAUGCAUGUUACAUACCAACCCGGACAGGAAACAGCACGCGAAGUUGUGUUCAAUAUGAACACAGAAAACUUCCAGCCUGUAAAAGCAUUCCAGUCAAAAAUGAACAACUUCUUCGAGAGAAGUGCUACGUCCAACGAAGAAGGAAAUCCACAAGAGGGUAUCAUGCCAGAAGAUCAGCAACAAUACUAUGCCAAUCAACAACAAAAAUUGCAAACAUUCCUUUCAAACUAUCAAAAAUCCCAGAAACACCAAAAACAUUACAAACACUCUAUGGAACUGUCUGCUAAAACAAUGGGAGGUUCCAAACAAUUUAAAGCUUCAGUCCAACUACAAGCCCAAUGUAACGACAAAAUGCAAGUCUGUCAACUCAGACUUGGGGCAGAAAGAAGCAAAAUGAAUGAAGAAAGAGGCAUGUGGACAAUGAAAGGCCAAGUUGAAAUGGUUAUGCCUGGAGGGGCUGAAGAGGAGAAUUCUAAUAGUUAUGCCUCUGAUCAGUUUUUGAGUUUUGCAAAUUUGCAUUGGGGAGCGGAUACACGUAAACAACAAGUAAAUAUGCGAAUCGUUGGGGAACAAGCACCUGAAAGAACUUCUGGAUAAU